CACACGCACGCACACAGAGCCCAUACAGACAGAUAACGCGGAGGGCCGCCUGACCCGGUGUUUCUGCCGCAUCGCAGGCCACGCCACAGUCAGCAGGCAGGCGCAGCGCCCUCCACACUCGCCGAUGGCCGCGCGCGAUCCCAUGCAGUGUUAACGGGAGAAAGGACAUCGGGGGAAGAUAAUGCCACAGUUCUCCGAGAGCCAGUCGACCUCGCCUGAGUCUCCGGAGCGCGAGUGAGCGCACGCAGUCAGCCAGGGCCGGCGCCUCGCAAUUCGGCCUCGCCGCACGCAAGGAAGGCCCCCGCGCCCGCCCGGAGACGCGACUCCCGAGGGCGCCUCCCCAUGGCUGCUCCGAAGCCCCCCAGCAGCGGCAGCAUGCUCCUGUUAGCGUGUCUGCUCGCGUGCGCGGCCAAAGGGGCGGCCACAGCCGCGCAGGACCUGUCCACGCUCCGCCAGGUGGCCGCCUCGCUGGACCACGCCGACGCCGCGCUGGCCAACCUCACUGACCUCCUGCGCGAGGUCUUCUACUCCAACGCCUCGUCUACCACGCCCUUGCCCACCGCCUCCUGGUCCUCCUCCCUCCACCCCGCCUGCUGCCACUUCGCCUGCCACCUUUCGCCUCCUCCUUCGCCUCCUCCUCCCCCGCCUCCUCUUCCUCCGCCUCCUCCCCUCCAACAACAGAACUACAACCCCUCGCCUCCAACAGAACCUACAACCCCUUCGUCUCCAGUAACAGAAACUACAACCCCUUCGUCUCCAACAACAGAAACUACAACCCCUUCGCCUCCAACAACAGAAACUACAACCCCUUCGCCUCUAACAACAGAAACUACAACCCCUUCGCCUCCAACAACAGAAACUACAACCCCUUCCCUUCCAACAGAAACUACAACCCCUUCGCCUCCAACAACAGAAACUACAACCCCUUCGCCUCCAACAGAAACUACAACCCCUUCCCUUCCAACAGAAACUACAACCCUUUCGCCUCCAACAGAAACUACAACCUCUUCGCCUCCAACGACAGAAACUACAAUCCCUUCGUCUCCAACAACAGAAAUUACAACCCCCUCGCCUCCUACAACAACUACAACCUCUUCACCUCCAACAUCAGCCACAAGUACGACUUCGACAAAAACAACUACAAUGACUACAUUAACCACCACAACUACAACCAAUACUACAUCUGCUACAAUUACAACCUUAGUUACAACUGCUACUAACUCCACUAUAACUACAACUCCCACUACAGCCACAAAUCCUGUAACUUCCCCGACAACUAUCGUUGUAGAUACAACAAAUGCUACAACUCCCGAUACAACACCUCUUACAACUCCCACAAUCCCAACACCCACAACCACGACGACUCCCACAGCCAUAACUCCUACAGCCACAACAAAUCCCACAACCACAAAUCCCACAACCAACACAACCACAACGAUCACAACUCCUACAACAACCUCAACUCCAACGACUACUACUCCUAAAAUGACCACAACUCCUACAGCAAUCACAACUCCUACAACGAUCCCAACUCCUACAACGACCACAACUCCUACAACGACCACAACUUCUACAACGACCACAACUCCAACAACGACCACAACUCCUACAACGACCACAACUCCUACAACCACAGCUCCCAAGAGAGGGCCGCCGGCCGACGCGAGCGGUCCCUCGUGUUCGCGGCGUCUCCGCGCGGAAUUAGAAGGAGAA